AUGGCAUUUACGGAAGAUGAUUGGAAAUUAGUUCAGUUGGUGCUUACUUUAUUUCGCAACAUUCUUGCCAUCCAAGACAUCUCUCUGCUCCAGAAGACUGGAGGAUCUCCUCAGCAAUUCUUAUCCCUCAGAGACAAAUUUCUAGAACUACUGUUCCAUGAGAACGUGAUGGACUUGAUCUUAGUUCUAACACACCAUGUUGGUGGUUCUAGUAGCUAUCUCCGUGAAGAUAACUUGCUUUUAUUGGAAAUUAUACAUUAUAUUUAUGUUGGUCAAGCGCCAGAGUUGAUUGCUAAAGCAUAUUCAAAGACUAUUGUUGGGGAUAGAGAUGCCACUACUGUUGAUGGUCUAAAGUCAAUCAUGGAAGAAGAAGAAGAGAAAAGAAAGAUUACCAGACUCCAGCAUUUGGGUCGCUACUCACAAUUUAGUGGAACAUUCACAAAGCUAAGUGUGGAUGGUUCCAAAACACUAUUUAAAGGAAACCCUCGCUUAGCUACUCGUGAUUCUCUGCUCAAGAUUUCUAAGGCCCAUCGAGGUCCAUUGAAAAAAAUGGUUUGGGAUAAUGGAAGAUUACCUUCAACAAAGGGCAAUAUUCUAGAAUUGCUCCAUAAUUUUGUCAGCCAGCUUUUAUCUGGGGGUUACAAUGUUCUAAUGCAGUCCAUUCGUGAGGAUAUUGAAAAGGAACAUCAUGCAAUUCAGAACAGUGAUGUUGUGAUGUUCUUCCAGGUUGCUCAAUUCUUUAUAUCUUUUCAGUAUCACAAAUACUUUUUGAAGCCUCAAGCAGAAGCUGAUGCAUGUGAGGCUUCUUUAAAUCAUCAAGCUGAUACAAUUUUUGAAGGCAAUAUAUGUGGACCGAUUGCAGCAUCCUUGAAUGAGGCAAUGUUCCUCUUAGUCAUUUCAAAGUGGCGAUAUGCAUACGAUGGCCUGAAGGAAACAAAUGACUACAAAUUUGUAUCUGCAGCGGGGUCUCUAGUGAAAACCAUGAUUCGCAUUCUGGACGUAGUGCUUAAGGUUUCGCCUGCAGAUUCCAAGGAACCUCAAACUGCUCGCAUUCUUCUUUACAAGCUAUUCUAUGAUCAAACUGAAGAAGGAAUGACUCAGUUCAUUUUAAACCAGAUCAAAUCGUUUGAUACUCACAAACAAGCCAAAAGUGAUCUAGCUGAUUUGGUAGAAACGAUACAUGUAAUUAUACGGCUCUCGGAGAACCUUCAAGCACGUGGGACGUUAAGGUCGAAUAAUGAUGAUGAUUCUAGGUUUUCUAGGAAGUCAAGGAAGAAGAGAACAAAGAAAAUGUUGAGUGACAAGAGUAAUAAAAAUGAACAACCAGAAGGAAAUCAUGGUCUCCCUCAAAAUGAGGUUGGUAAUUGUGAAGAAUCAGCACCUUCAUGCCUUCUUUCUCAAGAGAAGUUAAUAAAUCCCAGUCUGGAAGCAAAAGGCAAAGGAAUCUCUAAUAUUAAGGAGUCUGGAAAUGAUGAGACAAAAAAACCUGAUCAUGAAAGCAACCUUCAGGAAACAAAAAAUAAAGGGUCUGACCAUGAAAAUCAUGGUGAUCCUUAUGACGGAAUUGUUGAUUCUCUGCUAGCUGCGACUGAUGAAGUUGAUUUUAACUUAUCUACUUUGGUAUCUGCCCUUGCAAACACCACCAUUAUUCGAAAUUUUGUGCUGUUUUAUAAAAGCAAUGCCAGAGGUACGAACCACUAUAUUAUAUGCAUGCUUCAGAAAAUUUGCAAUGAUCUAGAGCUUUCACCCAUGCUAUAUCAGUUAUCACUCCUCAAUACAUUUUACAAUAUCCUUGCUGAGCAGAAGUCCAAUCCAUGCAAGGACUAUGAAGAUAUUGUGUUAUUUUUGACAAGCUUAGUUAGGAGAAUGCUGAGAAAAAUGAAGAGUCAACCACUUCUUUUUGUAGAAGUGCUUUUCUGGAAAACACGCAGGGAAUGCCAUUACAUCAACUGUGACACUCUAUUGCAUGAAGUUGGAAGCUUGAAGAGAGAGAGUGCAAAAUGGGGAAAUGAUUAUGAAAAUGGAGAAGCUGGUUCGACCUUGGGAAAAGGAUGGGUUCGCAGAAGCAUAGCAGAUGCUCUGGAGGUUCCUUAUGAGGCCAACAUUGAGGGCUCCCAAAGAGGCAAGGAAAGUAUUGAACUGAAGGAAAACUUAAUAUCAACUUCAGAUGAUGAGUUUUGUAGGAAGGAAGACUCUGAUAGUGAGGGGCAUUUUGAAGAUUCUAAAGUGGUAUCAAGCAAAGGCAAACACCUUGUCCUUGAUGAAGAUGUGGAAGGAAAAAUCAAGGAUCUAUAUGAAAAGCACAUUAGAAAAAGGGUUCGGGCCUUCAGUCACGACCAGGAGAUGAUGAUCAAAGCUUUAUUUGAGCAGUUUAAGGAUCACAAGAGGUGUAGCUACAUGAUUGCAAAUGCACUGGACACCAAUGGCACCUUCACAGCAGCACAAGUUUCACGCAAACUUAAACAACUUGGCCUUCGAGUUACCAAGCAGAAGAGAUCUGAAUCUGACUUCCAUCUGAGGGAUGAAGAUCUUCAUAGCUUUUCAGCAAAAACUGCAGAAGGCUCUGAUGAUGAAACCUUAUUAUCACUAAGGAAAAGGUUCAAUGGAAGAAGUGCUCCAGUGGCCAUAUGUCGUGCGUCAAAAUUUGCAGUGUUUUAUGACACAUAUGAGACCAAAUGUGGGAGCAAAAGCAAGAAGAUUGAAAAAGAAGUUAAGGUGGCAGACAAGAAUAUUGAAGAAAAAUCUUCAGAAGGCAAUUCUGAUGAUGAAUUGCUCGGGUCUAUUUUGAGGAUACACUCUGAGACAUCCUUAGCAAGGAACAAAAGCAAGAAGUUUGAAAAAGAUGUCAAGGCGACAGGCAAGAACAUCGAAGAAAAAUUUUCAGAAGGCAAUUCUGAUAAUGAAUUGCUGGGGUCUAUUUUGAGGAAAACUAGGCGACUGCUUCCAGAGACAAAGGAUGAAGAGCUCACCACUUCAUUUAGGAAUACCGUGAUUCAAAAAGACUCAGCCUUCGGACAGCAUAUUCAAAGAAAUCGAACUCUUGCAAGAUCAGACAUCAAAACAAGAAUAAUCUGCAUAUUGUUUGGAGUAUGCAUCCAACCUAUACCUUCUCAACAUCACAACGCCUUAUUUUCACGCAUUAUGUUGAGUAGAUGGAGAGUACCUAUGUUGGCUUGGGCACUUGAGUUCCAUGCUUAUGACCAGAGUUAA